GAUGCAACUGUAGCAUCACUUUCAAAUGAUAUGCAGUUAUAAACUUUUUUCUUUGCAUUUAUAUUCAUCUUAAAUUUAGUAACCAAUAAUGUGUAGAUGUAAAAUUUACAAAUAACCACAUUUUGUAUAUUAAUAAAUAUUUUUCUGAGGCAUCUUGGUCUAGUACUGGACUGAAAACUAUGAAUUACUGACUCUUAAUACCGUAUUGACACUUACUGCUUCUAUUUCCUUGAACAGGUCAUUAACCUGGCUGCUUCAGUUCCCCCCUGUAAAAUGGAGAGUCUGAGUGGACUAACUGGUUCUAUAUAUUCUUUGUUGUUCAGCAAUGGGGCUGGCUGCAUUGGAAGUAAUGCAAGCUGUGCAACGGACCUGGACAAACUCAAAAGUUCGAAUGAAUGGGAAAACCAGAUUGAUGCAGUGGAGAGACAUGUUUGACAUUGCUGUGAAGUGGCGAAGGAUAGCUGACCCAGAUCAGCCCGUGCUUUGGUUAGAUCAAAUGCCAGCUCGAAGUCUUAGUAGAGGCUUUAAUAACCACAUUAAUCUAAUCAGGUUGAGGCAUCCCCUGCUAAUCUUUGGCAUUCUGAAGAGAUGGCAGUACCUAUCAAAUAGAGGGAAUCGUAGAAUACUAGAACUGGAAGGGACCUCAAGAGAUCAUCAAGUUGAGGAAAAACAAAACUUUUGAACCGCUAUCUUUGUCUUUGCUUAUUCAUUACCACUUUUCCACGGCUUGUUCCAACAUCCUUUUAGACUGACGUUAUCUGAGUUCUCCAAGCUACUGCUCAAAUAAAUCCUAUUCUUAUUUUUUACUACUUUAUACUUCUGCCUGUUGUACAGAAAGCUUUUGUGUAAGGUGGACUAAGAUGGGAUGUACAAGAAGAGCAAAUCAUAUCAGCAAUUGUUUAUUAUCUUUCCUCUUUCUCUUUCUUUUCUAACAUGUGUACUUGAGAAUUCUAAUUCUGAUCAAUGUUUGUCCCCAUUGAAGUACGUUAAAAUCAGUACAACUAUGUAGGAGUAAGGUGCAGCACAAAAUGAAUUAAAAUGCCAGAAUCAAGCCCUGAAUAAUUAUAAAAAAGGGGAUAGAGACUGGCUGAAGAUGUAUCUCUUGUGAUUGACAGUGGUUUUAACCUCCUGGUAUGUGUAGCUGUAACAUUUGCGAUAUAAAAUCUUGUUUUGUAGCUUGGAAAUGAUGAAGGAUUCUUACAAAUACAAUAAUGGUACAUAAUGUUCCUGUUCAAGGCAUUAUGUAUUACUACAAUUCUGACAGGCCUCUUUUGAUACAAUUCUGACAGGCCUCUUUUGAAAGUUUAUAGGGUCAUAUCUAAUGUUCAAAGAAAAAGGCACCAAGUCAGCUGUUUAUAAAUGUAGCUUGUAAACUGCCGAUUAAAUAUUUAAUUUCCUGGAAGAGCAGUAGAGUGCAGUAUUUAUAUAGCAACUGGAAAUUGAAAUGUUCUUGAAAAUGUCCUAGAGGUUGAAACAUCUGUUCUUUCUACUUAGAAAUGUGUCUUAAAGUUAUUGCACUCUACUCAUUCCUCCCCCUUUCUUUCUUUAAAAUGUGAAAAUUUGAUAUUUUGCAGUGUCCUUAAGAUAUUCCUCCUACUCUGAAUCAGGAUUCAAUGAAUCAUCCCAGAAGACUUUUAUUUUAAAAAAGACAAUUUUAUGUGUGGGAUUUAGGAACACUUAAUACAAGCACAUUCGUAAGAAGAGAAUACUUAAGUAGUUUGGAACAGACAUCACAAUCAUAUAACAGUGUUUUAAAAUAAAUCAGUUACAGUUAGUGUUAUCAGUUCCUGCACUUAUCUUCGCAAAUAAACAUACAAAGUUUUCUAUCAGGGUAAUUGGCUCUAUACAAAUAUUUCCAAAUCCAAAUUGACAGUUGUGUUACUGUGGGUUUUUUUUUUCAAUUGUACAUAAGAACACUGGUAGUAAUGGGGGGAGAACCCAUGCAAAGUAGCUUGUUGAAAACCACCAAACCAGUAAGACUUGAGUGUCUACAAGUCCCUUAGGGUAUGUCUACACCGCAUUACUCUUUCGAGAGAGGAAUGCAAAUUCAGACGAAUGAAAUUGCGAAUGAAACGCGGAUUUGAAUUUCCCGCACUUCAUUUGCAUAAUUGCAUC